UCCCUUAUACUAGCCAUCACCCUGCUCCUCUAUUCCCCCAUAUUCUCAUUUUUCUUUUCUUCUUUUAACAUUCUUUAAGUCAAAUAGUAGCUUAAUUCAAUGGCUUCCAAUGCAUUGAUGAGCUGCGGAAUUGCAGCAGUUUCCCCCUCUGUCCUCUCUUCUUCCAAGUCUAAAUUUGCCGCUGCAGUGCCGGUGUGUGUAGGAGCAGCCAAUGGCAACUCCCGGUUCAGCAUGUCUGCCGAGUGGAUGCCGGGCCAGCCCCGCCCUCCUUACCUUGACGGUUCUGCCCCCGGAGAUUUUGGAUUCGAUCCACUUGGUCUAGGAGAAGUACCAGCGAACUUGGAGAGAUACAAGGAGUCUGAACUCAUUCACUGCAGAUGGGCUAUGCUUGCUGUGCCUGGAAUUCUAGUACCAGAAGCAUUGGGCCUGGGCAACUGGGUAAAGGCCCAAGAAUGGGCUGCCAUUCCCGGAGGGCAAGCUACAUAUUUGGGUCAACCCGUCCCAUGGGGUACUCUUCCCACUAUUUUGGCCAUUGAAUUCUUAGCCAUUGCUUUUGUAGAGCACCAAAGAAGUAUGGAGAAGGAUCCUGAGAAGAAGAAAUACCCUGGUGGUGCUUUUGACCCAUUGGGUUACUCUAAGGACCCAAAAAAGUUUGAAGAACUCAAAGUCAAGGAAAUAAAAAAUGGUCGCCUUGCCUUGUUGGCUUUCGUCGGGUUCUGUGUACAACAAUCAGCAUACCCUGGAACAGGACCAUUGGAGAACUUAGCAACUCACUUGGCUGAUCCAUGGCACAACAACAUUGGAGAUAUCAUUAUCCCUAGAGGCAUUUUGCCAUGAAAUCAAUCUACAAUCCCAAAAUAGACCCCCGUUGUAAAACUCCCCAUGUAACAAAUUUGUAAUGAAAUGGACGUUUACGUAUGCUCGGACCUUCUACCUAGAAAGUUA